AUGGCUCUCGCGCCCCAAUUCGCCACGCACCGCAUUGCUGGAACCCCCGACUCUGCGCACACCUUGGACGUUUACCUUGACCUGAUCUGCCCCUACUCGAAGAAGCAGCUCACUGGACUCAGGGAGAACGUCCUCCCGCUCAUCGAGAGCGGCCCGCUCAAGGGUCACCUCAGCGUGAUCGUUCGCCAGGUCCCCCAGUCGUGGCACUCGUCCUCGACGAUUGUCCACGAGGCUGCACUCGGCGCAAGCAAAGCGCUCGUCGACAGCGGCAAGUCGUUCCAGGACACCGAGGUCAAGCAGAAGUGGAAGGACUUCUUCUUCAAGCUCAUGGACGGGCAGGAGGCCUUCUACGACGAACCUUGCGCGAACGAGACCCCGAACCAAACUCGCGAGAGGCUCGCAGACCUUGCUCAGUCCGUCGGGAUUGACCGCGCUGGCUUCCUCAAGGCUAUCUCGGUGGGCAAGGGCAACGGCGGAACGGCGGUCACCAACGACUUGAAGCAGCAGAUCAAGUAUCACAGAGGACGUUCGAUUCACGUCACACCGACGGUCGCGCUCGACGGAAUCAUCGAGCCGUCGAUCUCGUCCAGCUUUUCCAAGGAGGACUGGAACAAGUUCUUCGAGGAAAAGGUCCUCCCGCCUGGCUCGAAGCUGUGA